AUGACCGACUCUUCGAUCGAGACUCCUCCGCGAGCUCCCUCUCCAGUCCACAACUUUGCGACCCUCGCCGUCCACGCUGGAUCGCCCCACGACCCCUCCACUGGUGCUGUGAUCGAGUCCAUAUCACUCAGCACCACAUUCGCUCAGACCUCCGUCGGUAAACCCGUCGGCGCCCACGAAUACGUCCGCUCUUCCAACCCCAACCGUGAGAACUUUGAAACAUCCAUCGCCGCUCUCGAAAAGGCCAAAUAUGCCUUGGCAUUCGCCUCCGGUUCCGCCACCACAGCAACGAUCCUCCUCUCCCUCGCGGCCGGCAGCCAUGUCGUCUCCGUCUCCGACGUCUACGGCGGCACUCACCGAUACUUCACCAAGGUCGCCUCCGCCCACGGCGUCCGCGUGACCUUCACACCCUCCAUCGAACUCGACAUCGAGUCGCUCAUCACCCCAGACACAAAACUCGUCUGGAUCGAAUCGCCAUCCAACCCCACCCUCUCCCUCACCGACAUCCGCGCCAUCGCCGACAUCGCCCACCGCUCGGGAAUCAAAGUCGUCGUCGACAACACCUUCAUGUCACCCUACGUGCAGAACCCCCUCUCCCACGGCGCCGACAUCGUCGUCCACUCCGUCACGAAAUACAUCAACGGCCACUCGGACGUCCUCAUGGGUUGUGCAGCCUUCAACUCGGACGAGAUUCACGAGCGUCUAAAGUUCCUCCAGAACGCCAUUGGCGCUGUGCCCUCACCCUUCGACUGCUGGCUCGCCCACCGCGGCAUCAAAACCCUCCACCUCCGUGCGCGGGAAGCCUCGAAAAACGCACUCGCCGUCGCCACAGCUCUCGAAGCCUCCGCCUUCGUCGAAGCGGUCAACUAUCCCGGUCUGGCAUCCCACAAGCAGCGCAAGAUCGCCAUCAAGCAACACCGCGACGGCCUGGGCGGUGGCAUGCUCUCCUUCCGCAUCAAGGGAGGCCAGGAAGCCGCGAACCGGUUCUGCGAGGCGACGCAGCUUUUCACGUUGGCGGAGAGUCUGGGUGGAGUGGAGAGUCUGGUCGAGGUGCCCGCGAGUAUGACGCAUAUGGGCAUUCCAAAGGAGCAGAGGGAGGCAGCGGGCGUGUUUGAUAAUUUGGUAAGGCUCUCGUGUGGUGUGGAGGAUGCGGAGGAUUUGGUGAGGGAUGUGCAGCAGGCGCUGGAGAAGGUCGUGGUUGGUGGGCAGAAUGGGAAUGGUGCUGCGAAUGGGAAUGGAAACGGGCAUGCGUAG